GUUUCUACCUCAAUUUUUUUUUUUUUGCUGGCAGACCCUUCCUGAAUCGCGCAGUCUCUUGAUCAAUGGCUACCGCAGAGAUCGCAACCCUGAUUCAGAAAUCAGUUCCAGAAGCUGACGAUGCCGUUGUAGAAUAUAUUACCGGUUAUCUCGAGGGAACCGAUUUUGCCGACGACGAUGAGGAUGGAAUCACAGAGUUCGUUCGACCCAUGUUGCUGGACGUUGGAGGAAAGGAAGGCGAGAUCGACAGACUUUGCGACCAGCUCAUCAAGCUUUUGAGCGCCAAAACGAACAACGUCGCUCAACCUAAAGCAGGUCUCAACAAGCUAGCACAGCCAAUCAACAUGGCCAGCCAAUCCAACAUCUCAGCAACUGUCAGUUUGAUGAAGGAAAAUGUAGAUCUUCAGUCGGUUCGUGGUCGUACCAUCCAGUCUCAAGUCGACGCUUCAAAGUUAAAGAAGGCUGAAGCUAAAAUUGCUGCAAAAAUGGCAAAACGUCAAGCUAAAUCUAACAUGGCAAUUGAUUAUGAAGCUUCCAAGUUGAUUCAUGACAGCGAACAGAAGGCGCUCGCUGAGGCUUACAAAAUGUACAACCCCAUUAUGGAUUACACAUCCACCAAAGGAAAGUCAAAGGAUAUUAAACUUGAAAACUUUGAUAUCUCAUUUGGCGGAAAACGUAUCCUUACAGAUGCCAAUGUUACCCUUGCUUUUGGUCGUCGCUAUGGUCUUGUUGGCAAGAACGGUAUCGGUAAAUCCACUCUGCUCAAGGCUAUGGCAAGACGUGAGCUUAACGUCCCUACACAUAUUUCAUUGCUCUACGUCGAGCAGGAAGUUAUUGGUGACGACACCCCUGCUUUAGAAAUGGUCUUGAAGGCUGACGUCUGGCGUACGCAUCUUUUGAAUGAAGAAAGGCGUCUGACAGCCGAGAUCAAUGUAUUAGAUGCAGAGGACGCAGAAGAAGGUGCAACAGAAGAGUCUAGAGAUGCUGCAGACAAACUCAAGGAGAGUCUCAACUCCAAGUUGAGAGAAGUUUACCAAAAGUUGGAGGACAUUGAAAGCAACAAGGCUGAAGCAAGAGCGUCAGCCAUUUUGUCUGGUCUUGGUUUUGACACCGAACAGCAGAGACGACCUACCAGGGAAUUCUCUGGUGGUUGGCGUAUGAGAAUUUCUCUUGCAAGAGCUUUGUUCUGUAAACCCGAUUGUUUGAUGCUUGAUGAACCGGAUAACAUGUUGGAUAUUCCCGCCAUUGUCUGGCUUGAAAACUAUUUGCAAACUUGGCCAAAUACAUUGCUUGUCGUUUCUCACGACAGAGAAUUCUUGGAUGAGGUUGCCACGGAUAUUCUCCAUCAGCAUUCCGAAAAACUCGACCAUUAUAAGGGCAAUUAUGCUCAGUUUGAUGCCACACGCGAAGAGCGACAGAGACAACAGUUGCGAGAAUACCAGUCGCAGAUGGAAUUCCGUCAACAUCUUCAAGAUUUCAUAGACAGAUGGCGUUACAACGCCAAGAGAGCACCACAAGCGCAAUCGAAAAUCAAGAUAUUAGAAAAACUUCCUAUCCUAGAAGCACCUGAAGAAGAGAGACUUGUCACAUUCAAAUUUGCAGACCCCGAUGCACUCUCUGCACCUAUAUUACAAAUGGACAACGUCAAAUUUGGCUAUUCUCCCGACAAAAUUAUUAUCAACGACAUCUAUCUUGACAUGCGCUUAGACUCUAGAAUUGCAGUUGUUGGACCUAACGGAGCUGGUAAAUCCACUAUGCUUAAGGUUCUUACUGGCGACCUUAGACCCCAAAGUGGUCUCGUUAACCGUAACGGCCGUCUACGCAUUGCUUACUUUACGCAACAUCAUAUUGAUCAGCUCGAUUUGACGAAAUCCCCUGUUGGUUUCAUGGCUGAUAAGUUCCCCGGCAAGAGUGAAGAAGAAUAUCGUCGACAUCUUGGUGCAUUUGGUAUCACUGGUAUGGUUGGUUUGCAGGUCAUGAAGACUCUUUCCGGUGGUCAGAAGUCUCGUGUAGCCUUUGCCUGCCUCAGUUUGGUCAACCCACAUAUCCUUGUUCUCGAUGAACCUACCAAUCACUUGGAUCUUCAUUCUAUCGAUGCUCUUCAGACUGCUCUUGCUCAAUUCAAGGGUGGUGUCGUAAUUGUUUCUCACGACGAACGUUUCAUUAACACCGUUUGUAAUGAGAUCUGGAUUUGUGAAGGCAAAAAGCUUCACAAAUUUUCUGGUACUAUCAAGGACUACAAGAAAUUGAUCUGUCCCAAGGAGACCCCAUGAAGUUAAUAAACUCCAUUGUAUUUGCUUGACAUGUCCUUUUUCUCCUUC